AUGGCUAAAGCUAAGCAAGGUAACACUCCUGAAAAAUCAUCUGAUAAAGAUGACAUGCACUCUACUGAUCGCAUCAUAAGAAACCUAGUUACUAGCAUACUGAACGAAGAGGAUGGAGUUAAGGACACUUUUACCCCUCUGUCCAGAAGGGAACCCUCACCUGAGGUAGAAAGCCAAGCUGAGAAAGAUGAUAACUCAUCUAAAACAGAAAAGGAAACAAAGGCUGUAAAGAAGUCUUCCAACAAAGUAGCUGUUGAGCACCUAGACAAAUGGAGGUUUGUCACUCAAAGAAGGGUUGCAGUUGAAAGAGAAUUGGGGAAAGAAACUGUUGAAGUGAAGGAAGUAAUGGAGUUAAUCAAGGCAGCUGGUCUUAUGAAAACUGUGACUGCUCUGCCUCAUUGCUAUGAGGGGCUAGUCAAAGAAUUCAUUAUGAACAUUCCUGAGGAAAGUUAUGAGGUUUGCAAAGUGGUUGUCAGGGCUGGGCAAGUUAAAGAAUGGCCUAGUAGGAAACACCUAUCUGCAAGUAAACUAACUGUCAAACAUGCCUCCACCAAUGCUGUAAAGUUGCCUAUUGCAUUUCCUUCCAUUAUCUGUGGCAUCAUCCUGAGUCAACACCCAGGAAUCCUAAGAGCUAGUGAUAUUCCAAGCAGGAGGAAGACCCCUCUAUCCAUUCACUAUAAGCUCUUUGAAGGAAGUCAUGUCAAUGAUAUUGUCAUGACAUCUGCCAAAAGAGAACCUACAACUAAAGGAAGUUUGAUUGACGAACUAAAAGAGACUUGCAAGGAAUUGGACAAUGGGAUAAAGCUGGCAAAGGCUAGAAAAGAGGCUUUAGAAGUUCUUAUCUGUAGCCUGGAGAAGGAAGAAGUAGAAAAGGCUGAGAAGGACUCAGAAUCAAACUCCCAAUCCAAUGGAAGUUCUGGAAGCUCAGAAGGCUCUAAAGGUACAAGUGAAGACACAAGUGAAGGUGAAGAUAAUUCUUCUUCUUAUGAUUAA